AUGGUUAAUCGAGAAAAUCAUAUUUAUGUUUGUAGUAAAGCAGGAGGACCAAUUUUAUAUUAUCCUGAUCCAAAUAAAAUUAGUAGUGGAGGAAAAAGUAAACCAAGUAUUUCUAUUGCUGAUGGUAAAGGAAAUAAAAUAAAUGAUAUAGAAAUUGUUGAAUUAGAAAGUGGAGAUAAUAUUUAUAAAGCAGGAUGGUUAGAUGAUUAUCGAAUAGUUGUUAUAACAAGAAACAGAUAUAUUCAUAUUUAUACAACAGAUGGAAAUUUAGUUGUUCUUGAUGAUACAUAUUCUAAAACAAAAUUUAGACAAGGAAAUCCAAAAUUAUUAAAUGCAUAUAUUUAUGGAUUAGGUGUUGUGUUAUUACUUGGAGUAGAAGUAGUUAAUCCAGAAAAACAAGAACGAAUUAAACGUUCAAUUGUUAUAACAGGAAUCUUUAAUUUAAAAACAGAUAGAAUUGAAUUUACAAGAAAAAUGUUUCCUGAGACAAGUGAAAUAUUAUUACAUUAUAAUAGAUUUGCAAAUACAUUAAUUGGUAUAUUUUUAAAUGAAAAUGGUAUUGCUUAUAUGGCAGAGAAUUUAUUUUUUUAUUUUAAAUUCCCAAAUCUUAUUUCUUUACCAUUAAAUUUCUCUGCUGAAACAAAGAAAAAUUUAGAAAUUUUAUCAUAUGGAUUUAGUUAUGAUGGAAGUCAAUUAUUAGCAUUACAAAAAGAUAUUAAAACACAAAAUUUUGAAAUUAACAUUUAUAAAUUUGAAACUGUAAAAGGAAUUACUGAAAUAAAAGACCCAAAUAAUAAAGAAAAGAUGAUUAAUGCUCCACAAAAUACUUAUACAUUACAAUUACUAUAUGAAUAUAAUUUUGAUCAAACAGCACAUCUUGGUUCUAGUAAUAGACUCUUUUGGCUUGAUAAUGAUUUAUUUGGAGUUGAAAUAUAUCCAAAUGUCUUUCAAAUUCAUUCAAUUAAUACAGAAACUGAUGAAUAUUUAAUAGAUACUAUAGACCAUGUGUAUUGUAUAAUUCAAGAAGUUGAUGGAAUUAGAUUUCAUUGUUUAGAGGAAAUUGAAAAUGAAAAGAAAUAUGUUAAUGCAAUGUACUGUCCAUAUGACCCUGAUUUAAGGAAAUUAAAUCAAGACUCCCCUGCUUCUUAUCUUUGGCAAUCAUUUAUUAAACCAGAAGAUGCAUCAUUUGUAAAUAAAUUUUCUGAACAUGUUUAUGAAUCAAUAGAAAUAGUUUGUAAAGCUGCAUUAUCUCUUCCACCAUCUGAUGAACGUCAAAUUCAAUUAAUGAGAUGUGCAUCAUAUGGAUUAAUGCUUGCAUCUCCAGAAGAUGCUAAAAAAGGAUCACCAUUUAUGCAGACAAUUGUUAAAUUACUUCGUUUAUUACAUACAAUGAAUAAUAAUGGAUGUAUGAUGACUUAUAAAGAAUUUUAUAGUCUUGCAGCUAUUGAACGAUGUAGAAUUAAAGAUUCAUUACAUAAUCAUACUAAAAGAUGUUCUGAAUUUUAUAGACAUCCAGUUCAAUGUAUUUUAGUGUCUCUUAACCUUUUUUCUUUAUGCAAUGUUUGGUCAACAGAAUGUGAUAUGUCUAUUGAGUCAUUAGAAGAACAAUGGUGUUAUAGAAAAGCAAGAAGAAUAGCAUGUGGAAUUGAUUCUGACAUUCCACGAUUUAAACAACAUAUGAAUCAAUUAUCACAACCAUCAUUAUUAAGAGUAAUUAAUGUGUGUUUAAAGAAACCACAAAUAGAAAUAAUUUGUGAAAUAGCGUCAAUUUCUAAUAUUUGUCGUGAUAUGAUCAUUCGUAAUUUACCAACUAGUUUAACUCCAAAACAAAGACAUAUGUAUUUAACAUAUCUUGCAAAAAUAUGUAUUGCAUAUAGUGAUUCAUAUAGUUUUUGUUCAUUACUUAAUAAAGUAAUGACCAAUGAUGAUGUAAUUGAUUUCAAUGGAUUACCCCAAUUGAGAAGUAUUCUUGAAACACCUUGUAGUAGUAUUAUUCAAACUGUUGAUGGUAAUUUAAAUAUUCUUAAAUUCUGUGCACAAUUCGAUACUGUUAUUCAACAAUCAUCAUUUGCUCUAUUUCAAAGAUGGAGUGACCAAUAUUUAUUAUUUGAAUCAUUACUAAACAAUCAAAGAAUAAAUAAAGAUCAAUUAAUGAAAAUUAGUACUGCAACAUCUCAAUUUUCUACAGGAGUUCAAUUCUUACAAAGAACCUAUUUAGAUGAAUCUACAUGGAUUUGGGAAAUUCAUGGAGAUAAGUCUUAUAAAGAAAUGGCUGAAAAAAUUAUUAAAAGUAGUGAAAAUGUUAGUGGAGUUCCUAGUGAUUCUAUUUAUCAACAAUGCAUGUCAUUCUAUCGAGGAUUUGAAAUGGACCAAAAAGAAGUAGAAAGGAAUGUCAAUACUUUUAAACAAUCAAUGGAAGUGGAUGACAAAAUUAUACUUCGUGCUAAAAUUGCUGUAAUAGAAGAAAUUGGUAAUAAAGAUGAACAAAAGAAAAGACUUGAACAAUUCCUUUCUAUUAAAAAAUUAGAACCUUUUGCAUGUGAAUUACUUGCAUUAACUGCACAUCGUGCAGAACAAUUAGAUAUUAGAAAUAAAUUCCUUAAAAUGAUACAAAAUCCAAGGAAAAGACUAGGACUAGUUUUACAAAUGCAAGACGAACCAUAUGCUUUAGAACUUAUCAAAGGUGAAAGAGAAAAAGAUGCAAUAUUAGCAUUAUGUAGUCAAUUCUUAUUAUUUGGUAUUAAAAAUGAAAAUAUAAGAAUUACUAUUUCAAAGAUAUUACAAGAAAAUAAAGCAUAA